AUGGCGCCCUCACGACAGCCGCGAGAGUAUCGCGUCGAGAGCUCCUGGCGCGUGGUCGAAGGAGGCGAGAAUGACAGCUUCGACACAUCGAUACUACACGACGACGAAGAGCUCAUCAUCUCCAGCAGCAGCGACCCGUCGCAGCUGACCGGAUCGCAGCCCUUCAGCAUCGGCGGGUCGCAGCCCUUCAGCAUCGGGGGCUCGCAGGACGAGAGCAUUGAGAACUUCCUCAGCAAGGCCGAGAACGACGAGCAGGUCAUCCUGAGCACCCCGUUCCGCCCCUCGGUCCCACAGUCGGUGCGCUACAGCUCCAGGGAGGCCAGGAAGCACCGCGACCCCGAGCCCGAGUUCUACAUGCCCAAGGUCGAGGUGGAGAGUCCCAGGCGCGACGGGGCGCGGCAGACGAGGAACUCGCUUGCCGCUCCGCCGUCGCUCCCGGGACUGCGCCGUCGCCGCGCCGACUCCGCCAGCGGCCCCGCCAAACCCGAUCGCCGCCGAGGCGCUUCCGGGAACCAGCAGGCGCCGCAGUCGUCGCUCGGGGAUCGCCUGUCCAAGUCUUUGCCGGACGCCUUGUUAGGUGUGCUAUCUUGGAUAUUCGGGCUCGUCGGGCUUGCCUUCCGGUAUGCGCAGAAGCCGCUGGCAAUCUUGGCGUCUCUAUACCUCGUGUUUGGCGGACUCAUCGUCUUGCAAAACAUGGCUACCAAAUCCAUCACGGCGUCUCUAUCGCCAAUAUGCCGCGUGCCCGGCGCGUCGUGGCUCGACCUCCCCUUUUGCCCCGACGCCGCCGCAAAAGACGGGCGGCCGCGGGAGCGCGGGCCGGUCGAGUUCGACGAUCUAAUGCACGUUCAAGACCGCCUUGAGGAGGCAAUCGAAAAGUCUGUGCAGCGCGCCUCGAUCCCCAUCGAGAUGAAGCGCUCAGAGGCGGCCAUCCGCGAUCUGCGUACGCUGGUCAAGUACAGCAACCUCCAGAGCAGAAACGAGCUCACGCUGGAGUUUGACGGGCUCAUCGACACGGUGCGGGCCACGUCGAGGGCGCUGCAGAAGUUCAACUCGCGCGUCGGCUCGACGGUCGACUGGGUCAUCAGCAUGAGCCGCUGGACGUCGAGCCACCUCGACAGCAGCACGAGCGCCGAUGACAGCAGCCGCGGGCUGCUCGGCGACUGGGCGAGCUGGCUGUUCGCGCCGUUCCAGCCCGCCGUGUUCACGGAGCGCAUCGUGCUCGACCGGUACGUUGAGCUCGCGUCGCUCGUGUCGGAGCGCAUCGCCAGCCUGAUCGAGGAGGCGGAGACGGUGCUGGGGCGGCUCAAGAAGGCCGAGGACCACCUCGAGCUGAUCCACGACCUCGUGACGACGUCGCAGAAGUCGGUGCAGGUGCGCAGGGACGACAUCCUGUGGACGCUGUGGACGCUGAUCGGCGUCAACUCGCGGCCGCUCGCCAACCUCAAUGGCCAGCUCGCGCUGCUCGCGCAGGUCAGCCGGCAGCGGUCCGACGCCGUGCACCAGAUCAACGAGCUCGUCGUCGAGCUUGGCAAGAUCGAGGCCAGCCUAAGCGACCUACGCACCAGCGUCGCCGAGCCGGGCCUCGUCCGCGGCAAGGGCGUCGAGGUGCCCCUCAGCGUCCACAUCGAGACCAUCAACCAGGGCGUCGAGCGGCUCGAGGCGGCCAGGAACAGGAUCAGGGCGGCCGAGGACGAGCAGGUCAAGGCGGUCCUCGCGAGGGGAAACGGGGACGAGAGGCUGAUCGACGAGGCAUGA